ACCACCCUUCCCCUCUACAUAUGAGGAGGACACGGAAGCACGCCUGUUCUAGCUGUCUCUCACAUUCUCUCUGAAGUAGAGAAAAAGAGCAAAGCGAGAAUGCAGUACAACAACUUGGGGAGAUCGGGGCUGAAGGUGAGCCAGCUCUCGUACGGAUCGUGGGUGAGCUUCGGGAACCAGCUCGACGUCAAGGAGGCGAAGACGCUGCUCCAGUGCUGCCGCGACCACGGCGUCAACUUCUUCGAUAAUGCGGAGGUAUACGCCAAUGGCCGCGCCGAGGAGAUUAUGGGCCAGGCCAUCCGGGAGCUCGGGUGGAAGCGCUCCGAUAUUGUCGUUUCCACCAAGAUCUUCUGGGGCGGGUCGGGCCCCAACGACAAGGGUCUCUCCAGGAAGCACGUCGUCGAGGGGACCAAGGCCUCUCUCAAGCGCCUCGACAUGGACUACGUCGAUGUCGUUUAUUGCCACCGCCCGGACUCAUCCACGCCGAUUGAGGAGACCGUGAGGGCAAUGAACUACGUGAUCGAUAAGGGCUGGGCCUUCUACUGGGGGACUAGCGAGUGGUCCGCCCAGCAGAUCACAGAGGCUUGGGGGAUUGCCGGGAGGUUGGAUUUGGUGGGGCCGAUCGUCGAGCAGCCUGAGUAUAAUUUAUUGUCCCGUCACAAGGUUGAGUCUGAGUACGUUCCUCUGUACGCCAACUACGGCCUGGGUCUUACCACAUGGAGCCCACUUGCUUCUGGAGUGCUUACUGGAAAAUACAAUAAGAAAGUUGUACCCCCCGAUAGCCGGUUUGCAUUGGAAAAUUACAAGAAUCUCGCUAAUAGGUCACUAGUUGAUGACGUGCUGAAAAAAGUUGAAGGUCUGAAGCCAAUCGCGGAUGAACUUGGAGUGCCAUUAUCUCAGCUUGCAAUUGCAUGGUGUGCUGCGAAUCCGAAUGUUUCUUCUGUUAUUACUGGAGCAACAAAGGAAUCUCAGAUUCAAGAGAACAUGAAAGCCAUUGAUGUCAUCCCACUGCUGACUCCAGCCGUGAUGGAAAGAAUUGAGGCUGUUGUUCAAAGCAAGCCAAAGCGUCCAGAUUCAUAUAGGUGAAACAAUAUAUCCAACAGCUCCUCUUUUCUGCACAUUGCGUGGUAGACUCCAUCGUUCCAGAUUCAUCCCCCGUUGCUUAUAGUUUCUAUUCAUCUCAAGUUACUUAGUUCUCCUCUCUCGGUUUGUUUUUAGGUGUUGGGUGCAAAAUAUGUUUGUUGCUAAUUCAAGCACUGUCUUGAUUAUUUCUUUCGACGUUUUUUUUUUUUUGGGAUUAAUGUUUUUGUCAUAGCCACUGUGUUGAUUGUUUGGAGGCAACAGAAUUACAGAUUAGUAAUAUAUUAUUUGCAAAUUUAUGCCAA